CUUAUUACUUAUUACCCUUCCACCAGUUUCAACCAAUUCCUCAGAAUUCCAUGUGAUUAUUCUCUUCUGCACUUUCCUUCACCUUCAAAUAAAGUGGGUUUCUUUUCUUCUUGUUUCCUAUAGAGAAAAAGAAGAAUAUAUUUAAAAGCUUAGCUUCUCUAACCCAUUUCGUCAGUGAAACAGAAACAUUCCAAUUCCCAGUUAGGAAAUGUCAUUGAAAAAGACAAAGCUUGUUCAUUUGCUCUAUUUAGUAGUGAGUUCAUUUUCAACAUAGUUUGAAUUCCCAGCUACUAUUCAUAAGAAUAGAUCUAGGGUUCCUUUGCUCAUACCAACAGGAAGGAAACAAACAUGGGUUUAGAUCUGAGAACUGAAUUAUCAAAGAGAACAGAGAUUUUCAAUCUCAAAGUGUGGGUUUUGAUUGGAAUACUCGUAGGGUUGUUAACUAUAAUCAUUCUCUUGGCUAUAUCAAUUUGCUUUGCUUUCAGAAAAAAGACCAAAUUUUCAUCAAAUGAACCUAGACUUCCCAUCACUCUAAUCCCAGCAGUGUCAAAAGAGAUAAGAAUUGAUCAAGAAAGUCAUGACAAUGAUUCUGACAAGCAAUCAAGCCAGGGGAAGAAGAUGAAGAAGAAUAAGAAGAAGACAGGAGAUGUAGAUAACAGCAGCCAAUCGGGUUCUUCCAAUACUUUGGAAAAAGAUGGAGAUGAAGCCAUUGAACUCUACAAAAAAUCUUCAAAUCCUACUAUAACCACCCCUUCCCCAUUAUCUGGCCUACCCGAAUUCUCUAGAACCGGAUGGGGUCAUUGGUUUACUUUAAGAGAUCUCGAAACUGCAACAAACAGAUUUUCAAAGGAAAAUGUCAUUGGUGAAGGAGGUUAUGGAGUUGUUUAUCGCGGUUAUCUGAUAAAUGGAACUCCUGUGGCUGUCAAGAAACUCCUCAACAAUCUGGGACAAGCUGAGAAAGAGUUCAAAGUGGAAGUUGAAGCUAUUGGUCAUGUCAGGCACAAGAACUUAGUUCGACUUCUAGGUUAUUGUAUCGAAGGAACUCACAGGAUGCUAGUAUACGAGUAUGUAAACAACGGGAAUUUAGAGCAAUUGCUUCAUGGUGCUAUAGUCCAGCAGCGUGGGUAUUUAACAUGGGAGAAUCGUAUGAAGAUCCUUCUUGGUACUGCUAAGGCACUUGCGUAUUUGCAUGAAGCAAUUGAGCCUAAGGUUGUUCAUCGUGACAUAAAGUCGAGCAACAUAUUGGUAGAUGAUGAUUUCAAUGCUAAGAUUUCUGAUUUCGGUCUUGCCAAAUUGCUUGGUGCUGGAAAGAGUCACAUUGCAACCCGAGUAAUGGGUACAUUUGGGUACGUAGCUCCAGAAUAUGCUAACAGCGGGCUUUUGAAUGAGAAGAGCGAUGUUUACAGUUUUGGAGUCGUUCUACUCGAAGCUAUAACAGGGAGAGAUCCCGUGGACUAUAGCCGUCCAGAAUAUGAGGUAAAUAUGGUGGAGUGGCUGAAAACAAUGAUAGGCAGUAGAAGAACAGAAGAAGUGGUUGAUCCAAUGAUUGAAAAGAAGCCAUCGACAAACGCCCUGAAACGGGCUCUCUUAACUUCAUUGAGAUGUGUAGAUCUAGAUGCUGACAAGAGACCAAACAUGGGACAAGUUGUUCGCAUGCUUGAAUCCGAGGAAUAUCCCUUACCAAGAGAGGAUAGAAGGCGCAGGAGAAAUAAAGAGAAAGUUACGGUGGCUGAAGCUGGUGGUGGUCCGAGGGAAAGCUCGGAUACAGACAAGAGCGAUGAUCCGGUUUUGAAGUCAGAAAGCAGAAGCCACCACCGGGCAGCUGCAUGCUGAGAUUUCUUACUCAAAUUCGGCUGCUAACGGCUAGACAGACCAAACAAACGGUUUGCAAAUCAUGUUUUUUAGGAGUUUUUUUGCAUUCAUGAAAUAUAGAGUCCAAAAGUUUGAGAUCAUUCUUACUGAAUCUCAAUCUAUUUUAUCUGUAAAUAUAAUCUACUUGUCUUUGUCUUUGUAUUGUAUCAUUGAGUGGGUGAUGAAUUAAUGUUGAUUUAACAUAACAUAGUUUAUUAGUCGAAUGAACUGAAAGAUC